UUUAUAUUUAUCGUCCAGCGGCGGUGUGACAGGAGGAGAUCCGAGCUGAGUGUCACAGAGCCGGCGUGACCUCGGCCGAACAACCGCUGACUCUCCGUCCUCCCCCCGCGGUGCAAACAUGGCACUGAGCCGGCUGGAAAAGGCCCAGGUGUGGCUUUUCAAGGCGGUCAUGGGGCUGCUCUUCAUGCUGUUCCGACUCCUGUCGCCCCGGAGCACCUCCAUGCCCGGGAAGAAGCUGCCGCCCGUCAGCGACUCUCUGCUGCUCGCCUCCGCCACGCAGCUCGCCAAGAAGAUCCGGAGGAAAGAGGUGUCCAGUGUGGAGGUGGUGCGGGCUUACAUCGACAGGAUCCAGGAAGUCAACCCUUUUGUGAACGCUGUAAUAAAAGACAGGUUUGAUGCUGCCCUCCUGGAGGCGAGCCAGGUGGACAAGCUGAUCGAGGAGGAGACCGGGGGAGAGGAGGUGCUGGAGGACCGGCUGCCUCUACUGGGAGUCCCCCUCUCUGUCAAGGAGUCCUUCGCCCUGCAGGGCAUGCCCUUUACCACCGGUCUGGUCUCCAGGAGAGGAGUGGUGGCCACUGUGGACGCUCCUCCUGUGGCCCUGCUGAAGAGAGCGGGGGCCAUCCCAUUGGGCGUCACCAACACCCCCGAGCUGUGCAUGUGGUCCGAGACCCACAACCAUCUGAGCGGCAUCACCAACAACCCGUACGACCUGGAGAGGAUAGUGGGAGGAAGCUCAGGUGGGGAGGGCAGUAUUCUGGCAGCAGCAGGUGCCGUCAUCGGCGUGGGAUCAGACAUCGGCGGCAGCAUCCGUAUGCCGUGUUUCUUCAAUGGGAUAUUUGGCCAUAAAACCACUCCUGGUGUCGUGUCCCCGGACAACCAGUACCCCCCCCCCACUGGCAGACAUGCAGAGUACGUCAGCAGCGGACCCAUGUGCCGCUACGCUGAAGACCUGCUGCCCAUGCUCAAGAUCAUGGCGGGACCCAACGCUCACAUGUUGUCCUUAAACACGAAGGUGGAGCUAAAGAAGCUUCGGUUCUUCACCAUCCCUCAUGAUGGCGGCUCUCUGAUGACAUUCCCCAUCAGCAAAGACCUCCUGGAGAUUCAGAGGAAGGUGGUGCAGCGUCUGGAGGCCGACCUCGGAGUGGAGGUGCAGGAAGUGAAUUUCCCUGAGCUCCGCUACAGCUUCCAGAUCUGGAACACACACAUGGGUCUUCCUGACGAGAAGGGCAAGCCUCCUCAGGCGUUUUCAGAGCUGAUGGGGGAACCAGGACGUCCCAUAUGGCCUCUGUGGGAGCUGCUGAAAUGGAUGGUGGGAAAAUCCGAGCAUACCAUGGCUGCUAUCGGCCUGGCCCUGAUUGAGAUGACGCACUCCAAACCGUCGCCCUUCAUCCUCCAGCAGAAGGAGAAGCUGCAGAACAAGGUGGACGAGCUGCUGGGCGCUGACGGGGUCUUCCUGUACCCCACGCACCCCAGGGUGGCCCCCAAACACCACCACCCUCUCUUCAGACCCUUCGACUUCACCUACACAGCUAUAAUCAACAUCCUGGGUCUGCCGGUCACUCAGUGCCCCCUGGGUCUGAACGAGGAGGGUCUUCCCCUGGGGCUGCAGGUGGUCGCUGGAAAGCUGCAGGACCACCUGACCCUCGAGGUGGCUCUCUUCCUGGAGAAAACGUUCGGAGGCUGGAGGGACCCUGGGGCCAAAUAAAACCACACACACACACAACCAAAUCUCCAGACUGAAGAUUGUGGGACUUAUCUGCCUUGCUGCUUGCUGUAGUUCACAAAGGGGUACAAUCAGAUCACUGGAUGUUGAAGUGACGAGAUUUUUUGCACUACUGAGUUGUACCAAUAAAUGUCAGUCAUACUUUUAUAAUUUACUCAGUUCAAAUCAUGAGCACAAGCUUUAAAAAAGAUAGAUUUUCACGUGUGUGAGUGUUCAUAUCAACACACAAAACAAGGCUCUUUGCUGUUGGUGAAUGGGUCUCCAAUAUGUUUAACAACAAUGCAGUGUAGAUACCUACCUCUUAUAGAACAUGGACAGUUCAUUUUUCCAAGUUUUGUUUUUUGUCUGCAGUUACACAUACAAAGCGAACAUUCAAGGCUUAAUUCUACAUUUUGGAUCAAUAGAAAACAACCUUUCUUAGGAGGUGAGAUUAUGACCAGGAAUACUUCAAUUGCAAAAAAACAGCAUUGUCACCGUUAUAAUUGUCUAUGCAUUAGAGUUGUCAUGACGUUUUCCAUCAUAGUCAUGGAAAAGUGAUAAUAGACUAUUUGACCACAGCCAUGCUCUCACACCUGUGUAGAUGUAGAGAUAAAUAAGACCGAUUAGGAAUGAUAAAACCACUCUAAGUAUGGUGAAAUUGUUUGAAUACACUGACAAAAUCUUAGUUGUGUGGUAAUGUGAAUGUCACAGAAUAAUAAUUGUGCCUGGUUUAUGCUGCACCUCAUUUGUUUCUUUUAAUAAAAAACGGAAUAUUUGUUCUUAUUUAUAACUUCAGCAAAAA